AUGAAUCACUAUGAAGUCCACUACCAGGCCUCUGUCGCAUCUCGCCAUGACAUCGCCGCUGUCUUUCUGGGGUAUCAACUUGGCGUCGAGUCCAAAUACCGACGUUCGCUGUGGCAGCUCUUCACUGCGUUGCUGAUUCUUUGGCGAUUCACUCGAUGUCUUAGCCGGCGGCUUGCGGCCGCUCAGGCUAAACACUCAGGCUAUUAUGUCCCUUGGGAACCUGUUUCGGCAGUGAAGCUCACGAACACCGUGGUUGAUCAUCUGCAGACCUUUGAAGCUGGUCCCUGCACUGGCGAAGACAUUGGAAUUGGUCAAAUGAAAACCUUGCAGCUGGACUGGUUCCUAUGGGAUGAAGUGGAUCUCCAAUCACUAAUGCUGGGCUUCGACAGCCUGCACAGUAGUCAUGCUCAGCUGCUUUGGGAAUAUGACACAGCGAUCUCGGCUUUGCGUCGUGCGGAACAGCAUAUCCGAGAAUUGGUCGACGACAGACGGUCUCUCUCUGCCGGCCUGGCUACCUUCUAUCUGUCGCUGCAUCAUCGCGGAAGAAUAGCACCAUCGGAUCCCAGGGCCAACUCUUUCGAUACUAUGAUCUCGACGCAUGAGGUCAGUGCACAGCCGACGGAGAUGCAAGCGCAUGACGACGUGGAUCGUCUAGCGUUGUCGCGUACAACCAUCUGCGUAGUAUCCCAAUCUGAAGAUGUGCCUCGUCGACGUGCGUCUUCCGACAUCUCCACCAUGUUCCUGGCUGCGGGAAACCACCCUCUGUCAUCCGCCUCGCCUCUCUCUCUUAACUUCCGAAGACCACCCAUAAUCGUCUCUCUUCCAUUGGCUGGUACUACUUGGUCAGCGGCGCUGUUUCCUUGGCUGGCUCUCACGCGAAGUACUACAGGACGCAAGAUGCAGCAAUUGAAGCCGCGCAUGACACCUGUACCCUGUGAUCCAUCGUCUUCAGCAUCGACGGCCGAGUCUCAAUCCGUGGCAAAUUCCACACUCUGGCAGCACUGA